AUGGGCAACGCGCAAUCCUUCCUCGACCUCGUAGCCAACCGAUGGUCACUACUCGUCACAGCACUAUUUGCCUGUUUUGUGGCCGCCGUGGCUCCGAGACUCGUCAACGCCUUACGACUGUGGAGCAUCCCUACCAUUGGUGACGAGCUCGGUAACACGGAGAAACGCAGACAGGCGUACUUGGGAGGAGCCAGAAAACUAUACUCAGCGGGAUACCAAAAGUUCAAAGAUGGCGUUUUUCUGAUAACUACAUCGCGAACCUCUCCUACCAUCGUCAUCUCACCUGACUUUCUCCCUGAGCUCAAGAAGUUGCCUGAUGCUACUCUAAGCAUGGAGGCCGCCGUUGACGAGUCGAUGGAGACCAGAUACACCAAGAUCGAGACAUCAGUACCCAUCAUUCCGCACACCAUCAAAGGAGAAUUGACUCCAUCUUUAUCUCGACUUAGUUUGACCAUCUCGAGCGAAGUCAGAGAUUCAAUGAAUCUCACUAUGCCAUCAUGUGAUGACUGGACAGAAGUCAACAUCCAUCACGCUCUCCUUCGUAUCAUCGGCAUGGUAUCAGGCCGCAUGUUCAUCGGCCCCGAACUCUGCCGCUCCGAGCAAUACCUCGACGCCGCCAUCAACUACACCAUGGAAGUCAUGGGCGCCCAGCGUGCCGUGCAGAACAUGCGCCCGUGGCUACGACCCUUCCGCGCCCAAAGUCUUCCCGAGGUAAAGAAGCUGUAUCAGCGAAUCGCAGAAGCCGAGGCUUUCCUCGAGCCUGUGGUCAAAUCAAGAACUGAUGCAAUGAAUGAUCAAUCAUAUGAGAAGCCAGAUGAUUUCCUACAGUGGCUCAUUGAUGGAAAGGACAAGUUCCCUGAUAAGAACAGCCAGAACCUCGCCAAGGUUCAACUGGGUCUUACGUUUGCGGCUGUUCACACCACGACGCUAACAGCCACAAAUGCAUUCUACGACUUGGCAGCUUUGCCAGACUUGCAGAUAGAACUCCGAGAAGAGGUCCGAGAGGCAUUAUCGCAGAGCGGUGGCCAGCUCACGAGCAACGCCCUGCAAUCGAUGAAGAAGAUGGAUAGCUUUCUCAAGGAGACACUUCGAGUCCAUCCUGCAACAAUGGCUUCCUUCCAGCGCAAGGUCCUCAAACCAUUUACUCUAUCCAACGGCCAGGUUAUCCCAGAAAGCGUGACGAUAGAGAUCCCUGCUGUCGCAGUCAGCUCCGACAGCAAUGUCUUCCCUCACGCCGACAAAUUCGAUCCAUUGAGGUUCUACAGACUUCGUACUGAAGCCAAAGAUGGCGGGUCAGUUGAGAAGGCGGCGAACAAUCAGUUUGUCAGUGUGAACCAGAGCAGCUUGACUUUUGGGUACGGUCGACAUGCAUGCCCCGGAAGAUUCUUCGCCGCAAACGAGAUCAAGAUGAUCCUGGCGCAUGCAUUGCUACAGUACGGUGUCAAGAACGUGGGCGAUGCUACUGAACGAUACCCUAACAUGGAAUUUGCUCAUAUGUCUAUUCCAGAUCCUUCCAAGAAGCUUCUUUUCAAAUCAAUCGAGGUAUGA